UGUAUUUGCUGUUUCCUGGUUCUGCUUUUGAACGAUAGCGAGGUGUAAGAAAUAACGCUGUCUUAAGGUGCUCGAAAGUAUCUAAUGAGUAAGCUUUUGCGUUAUCCUGAGUUCUAAUAGUGUUUUGUAAUUUGCUUGGGGUCAGAACUGAGGGCUGAGGUUAGUAGAACUCGUUGCUGGCCUAGUGUGUCACUUUGUUUCAGCUGAAAGGAAGCACAAAAACAUAUAACCACAUGACAGUGUACGGGAAAAAGUGCUUGUCUUCCUUGUGGCUUUCUUGUGAUUGCAUGCAUUUGAACUUCGUUUUUGUCAGCAACGUUUUGUUGUGAUGUGGGAUAUACUGACUUAUUUAAAUUUCAAAAUGCUUAAAGAUUGAAAUGCCAUUUCUCCCAGGUAUGCAGCAAAUAAAGCUUGCAUAAGAGAUGUGGCAGGCCGCUUCGGGCUUGGGGAGACAACGACUUUUAGGGUCAUUGAACGUGUGAUGGAGUAUCUCGUGGAAUUGGCAAAAACUGAGAUAGCCUUCCCGGACGACAUCCGGGGCCUGGCCAAAGAUUUCGAGCAGUUGUCUGGAGUGCCGGGCGUCAUCGGCUGCAUCGAUGGCACAUACAUCAAUAUUCGCUGUCCUGCCAGGAAGGUGCGGUCAACCUACAUUAAUCGGCAUAAUGAUAUUUCCAUGACGCUGCAAGCAGUUUGCGACCACGAGAAACGGUUCCUCGACGUUACUGUGGGAAACCCCAGUAAAAUGCACGAUGCCAAGAUAUACAGAAAUUCUCGGUUGGCAGCAAGACUCCCUCAGAUAUGCGCAUCGGGUAACUACCAUAUCCUGGGAGAUGCUGCUUACCCGUUGCGGCAGUAUCUACUCACUCCAUACAGAGAUUACGGAAAACUCACAAGUCAACAAAAAAGCUUCAAUGCAAGGUUUUCAGCAACAAGAGUGCGCAUUGAAAAUGCAUUCGGAGAUUUGAGCCCGCUUCCGGCAGCUUUUACACCUCGACUUCUUUGUGGUUGA